AGCGGUGCUGAUGGCUGGUGGCUGCCCUCCCACCUCACAGGCUGGCCCCAUCCUGGCAGAUUUUGUCGCUGUUUCCCUUUUGGCUGUGAACUUUGGUUGGUAAGUUCUUCCAAUCCCCUUUCAGGCUCGGUCUGUGGAAAUGCAUUCAUUGGUCCCUGGGCUGCCUGUCCUCUGCCUUGAGCAGCUGGGGGGCAGAGCCGCAGCUGAGCAGCCUACAAAGGCUCUCCAAGGGAUCCCUGCUGGGUGCAGCUGGAACCACCUCCCGAGGCCUGGGAGCCCCUCUCCCAACAAAACCAGGCCUACUGAAUCUAUAGCAACCUCAAGCAACUGAUAUUUCCUUCUGACAGUUUGUGGAGUGCUGGGUGUGCACCUGGAGUUGGCAUCUCAUGACCCCCAAAGGAUAAAACAAUCUAUGAUCUUCCACAGGAGAGGGAAAACCCAAUCCUACUUUAUCUUCUCUUUGAAUUAGAAAGAAGAAAACCUUACCACUUCAAGCAAGACGAGAAUUCAAACUCCACACAAAAAGAAGAGUUUUGAAGAGUAGUAAGCAUUGUACCUGCAGUUUCUUAACAAAACCAAGGAGGAAUACUGCUGUUUUAAGGUAUAAGAAGCUGUGACAGAUGAUCCUCCACCUUUCUGCUGAAGUUAUUUUACUCCAGGGACAAAACCAUUCUGUUUUCUUUGCUUAAAUUUUCUUUUGCUGUCCACAUUGCUGCAUUCAUAGUUGGAACUGAAGGAAAGUUUGCAAGCCACACUGCCUUAGAAAAUAGAACAUUACGUUACCACAGUGCUUUGAUUCCUGGCAACAGUCCUUUCCCGUGGAUACUGACACACCUACUGUGUUUGGCACAUCUGUCUUUUUUCCUUUGAGUACGUUGACAAGCAUUAGCCACCGAAAUGGAAGAAGUCUGGGUUGUGUAUCUGUGCCUGAUCUUGUUUGUCAUCGUGGUUUAUCUAAUGAAGCAUAACCGACACGUGGAGGAGGUCAAGAAAGAGAUGGAAAGCAAAAGCCCUCCACCUUCCUCUUCCUUUUUUCCCAGUAAUGUUGGCAAACAACUGGAGCACACCCAGGAGGAGCUGGAGCACUACCUGGACAGGUUAACCCACGUCUUCUUCGACACAGACGCCAGGAAAAGGGAGGGCCACCACGAUCAGAAGUCCCACCAUCACCAGCACAAAAGCGCCGAUGCUAUGUCUGAAGCUGUGGAGCACUCAGGAAAGGAGGCAGCUUACUCUCCACAUCUGGCAAGCCAUACAAGGGUUCAGGAGAGAACCACUCCUCCUGGAAGCACUGAGAAUAUUGUGGAAGAGAUUGAACAAGCGGUUCAGGAGACUGUAGACACAGAUCUCUAUGUGAGGAGAAGACAGCACCCGUCUGCUUCCAGGAGAUACCGUGAGGGUCACUGGUAAACACAGCUCUCUGCCUGAAACAGCCAGCAAGCCUGAGACCGACAGCACUUAGAGCAGUUGCUGCUCCGGCUUCCAUGGCGUGUGGUGGCAGCUUGCAGAACUUAGCGGCAUUGCAGCCUUCCUGGAGGAGACCUGGAGUGAACCAAGGGGUUUGGUGGGGGGGGUGGGGUCAGGGCAUCUUUAUGGCAAACCUGGGUGAGGGGAGGAGGAACAUUCAACAUUGCAGUUCUACUUUAGGUAGGACAAAGAGCUUUCCCUGUGCUGAGGCCAGGUCAGGUACAUUUGCUGUUUCUUGAGAAAUAAACACUUCAUCUUGUUUGUAAAGCUGCAGCAUUGAUCUAAUCAGAAAUUUACUGGCAGCAUCCCACACAGCUGCUGGGGUUGGCAGGCACCACUCUACACCAAGAGAAAAAAGCAAUGCCUAAAAACAGAAGGCGAAAUCUCAAGAAGCACCAAAUGAUUUGGCCUGGCCAGUUUCUUUUUGAGUUAGGCACUGCAGGAAGUGCCUGUUUCAGGUACCUAGCAGAAUGCAAAGCUGCUCCAUGACCUGAGAACAUCGAUAGCUGGCAGCUGUCUGGCUUGACCCUUCUGGCUAAACUGAGAUGGGGUUUGCACACACACACUGCUGACACUGGGGGCUGGCAGUGCUUAGCUCCAUCAGGGGCUUCCAGGCAGAAGCCGUUGCCUGCUGCUUCGGUUCAAUAUCUGCAAAUUGAGAGAGGAGCCAGAGAGUGCUGGGGCCGGACACUGGAGGGUUUUCCAUCUCCAAAGCCCUUUCCCAUAUGGCAGCACUUGAAAGUCAGAGGAGUUGGAUGUGACCAGUGACACUGGGAGACAGUGACAGAAGCUCUGUGGGGCAGAAGAGUAAACAGUAGGUAGAAAUGCACUGGGUGCUGAUCCAUCAUCUCCUAACCCACUAAACCCCAUCCACCAGCUUUUCAGUUCCUUCUUUGCAGUGUAAAGGCUGCCCCAAAGACCUUGCAGCACUCUCAUCUGCUGUGAGCACUUUACAUCCUUGUGCUACAGUCCCUGUGAUAUCACAUGGGAUAGCAUGGGAUAGCACCAAUCAAUUUAGUCUGCAAGGAAAAAAAGAAAAAACACCUCUACAGAUCUCUCAAUUCACAGCCGUUCCAGCCAGCAAUGCGGGAAGGAAAAAAGCUGAAGUGGAUAAAUAGUGAGGAUUUCCUCAAGAUUUCAUCUAGAAUGGUUGCAGGUGAGCAACACAGAGGUGCUGAAAAUAGCCUCCGAGCAGACAAUGGCUGCCAGGGUCAUCCUGUGUGUGGUGCUGCCCUUCCAGGCAGGAUCCUGGCAGCACACAAAGCCUACAGCUCCUGUAGCUCUGCCCCCAGCUCCCCCACAGUCUUCCUAAGCCCUGACAUCUAAUCCUAAGGGUGGGGAGCGUGUCCUUGUUGGGGGCUGUGAACUCCUGCCUGAAUACUUCACUUUGCUCCUCAGAUGGCACAUAACCCCUCACCCAAGCAGCAAAUGCCUGACAUCUCUCAGCCCACAAGGGACAGGCCAGCAGCUCUGAAAGCGCUUUGCUGGAAGCAGUACAGAGGUCUUCAGCUUCAGGAGGGCAGUGCAUGUUAGACUUGCUUGCAGCAGUAGCCUUAGAGGCAGCACAUGCAGCAGCCUGCGCUGUAGAAGUAGCAGUGAAAUGGAAAGGUCCUGUGAACACAGGGAGGAGCUCAGAGGUGCCUCUGUUGCAGCAGCAGCGCAGUGCUGCUCCGCACAUACACGGCCAGGCACGGCUCACCACAGCUGGGUGCUGGCACAGGCUGCGGAUGGCCCACAACGUCGUGCCUCCCAUGACCAUCCAGGCACCAGCAGCUGGGUGCAGACUGGCCUCGUUUCAGGGUGCUUGGAAGCCUCCCCAAGGCAGCCUCCAGCAGCACGUGUGUCUGUGUGCACAGCAGAGUCAGCCCGUUCCUUGUACGAACCACCAGCCAUCAGAGCAAAACCAAUAAACACUGAGCUCUUAGUGCCUCCUGCCUGCUGGAACUGCUGACCUGAGCCUCGCUGCCCCACUCUGUGCUUCACCUCCCCACAUCCCCUCCCCACUCAGUCCACGUGUCUGGUGGCACCUCGGCCACAUCCACGCGGCCACACAGCCUUGUCUGGGCGCAGUGCCUGCGUGUCUCCAGCAGGACGUGAUGCAGCAGUGAGCACCCACUGCUGAACGCCCACUCACUGUCACCUCAGCCCCAUGCUGGCUCCAAGCACAUCCUUGCUACUCCCCAGGCCCGCUGGCGCGCAUCCUGCAGCCAAGGGACAGCAGCUGAACUCACUCCAACACCAAAGGACUCCGCUGGAAGGCUGCAGCCUGCUCUGCCCCCGGUGGGAGGACCCCACUGAGAUUGGACCCCCAGGGCAGUGAGAGCUCAAAGCUUUCCUCUUCGUGCUGUGGCCCAGGGCUGCUGGCCCACAUCCCUGCAAAACAGACACAAAGAGAAUGUGGGCAUCAGCAACAGGCCCGAGAACAUCAGCCAUGAGUGGGACGUGAACAGGAGGCCCAACCUGGCCCUGCCUCACUGCCCUGGGCUCCCUGCCCCACACCUGUCCUGGCAGUGGGCCUGCCAUGCUUUUUGCCUUCCCAGAGCUGUGGGUUCAGUGAGAAAGACCCAGGAGGGGCAGCAGGAGCUUUCUGUGUGCCCGAGCACCAGCAGAGUGCUCAGGGGUGUGAGGGGACACGGAAGAGGCUGGGAUCACACAGGGGACAACAGGAGCCCUGGCUGUGCCACCUCAGGCCAGAAAGGGCUGAGUCGGGUCCCCUUGGGAAAGGGAUUUUCCCCUCCCAACAACUCUACACCACCCUUUGUGCAUUAGAAGCCCUGUGAUUGCAUAAACACAGUGCUUUCAAAAAUCACAGAACUGCAGGAUCACAGAAUGGCAGGGGUUGGAAGGGACCUCAAGAGAUCAUCGAGCCAAACCGCCCUGCUAAAGCAGGUUCCCUACAGUAGGUCCAACGCUCCAUCACCUUCACCAUAAGGAAUUUCUUCCAUAUGUUAACACAGAACUGCCUGUGUUCAAGUUUUAGGCCGCUGCUCCUUGUCCCAUUGCUAUACAACACCGAGAAGAACCUCCUCCAUUUGCCUCGCACCUCCCUUUAGAUAUUCAUAAACAUGAAUCAUCUUCUUUUCCCCAGGCUGAACAGACCCAACUUACUCAGCCUUUCCUCAUCAGGGAGGUGCUCUACGCCCCUCAUCAUCUUUGUGGCCCUGUCUUCAAUGGUGAAAGUGAGCAGACCCUGUCAGGAAGAAGACGGGUUCACAGGACAGUCAGUGACGAUGCCUGCAGGCCAGGGCAACUCUGACACUGCAGAGCUCAGCUCAGUGCUCACCCCUGCAUGGCAUGCCCAGUGCCAGACACCACCACUCCAAUGGCCAUGAGAUGCAGCACCCUGCCGCACUCACUCCCUGUGGGCCGCCCUGCACUGCCAGGAGCACUCCGGGCUCAGCCUCUUCCCGGAACAACUGCAGCCCUUCUGGCAGAGCUUCCCCCUUGUGCUGGAACCCUGGUUUCCAGUUACAAGAGGGAGGAAAACACCGCAAACAGCAGGCUGCUGAGUCACCAACAGGAACUCACAUCUGGCUGGCAGCAGGAGCAGCACUCCAACAGCGGGGUGCUCAGCUAGCCUAGAGCGGGCCGGCCUGCUUCCAGCAGCUCUGAGCCCCCUGUGCUCUGAGGCUGACCCACUCCCAGCAGCUCCAAGAAAACAAUGCUCUGCAGCGGGGCCAAACCAGUGGAGAGGAGCUGAGCUGGGAAAUCUUUGUUCAAACCAUCCUCUUUUAAGUUGGAUUUUUGUGGGACGGCUGCUUUGCUUACUCCCUGCAGAAGAGCCUCUUGCAUCCAAAGGUCUCAUCCUGGUGCCCUGCAGUGGCCCAGCAGCAGUGUCCCUCCGUGCUGUUGUGGCUGUCAGAAGGACAGUCUCCUCCUCUAGGUCUGAACUGAAGCAAAUCCCAUCUAUUAUCAUGGGAGACAUCUGGCUGGUUGGACUGAUGGGGCUUAUAUACAUCUGGUUUCCCAAAGUUGCUUCCCAGAGUCUCAUAAAAAACCCCAUGGACCAGAAAACAGAGCACACCCUCUUGAUUAAUGAAAUCAACGCUGACACUCCAGGAGAGGACACUUCUGAGUUUGUGGAGCUCUAUCACACCAGUGGUCAAACAGCCCGUUUGGAUGGCUACUACCUGGUUUUCUACAAUGGCAAUGGAAACCAAGCCUACAGAGUUCUGAACCUCCAAGGCAAGGCUACUAACAGCCAAGGGUUCUUUCUCGUUGGCUCUGCCUCUGUGAACCCGGCAAUAGUUAUUCCUAAGAACACCAUCCAGAACGGCCCUGACGCGAUCGCUGUGUAUUAUGGAAAAGGGAACUACAAGGAAGGCAUGAGUGUCACAGGUAAGGGACUGGUGGAUGCCUUGGUCCAUAAGACGAAGAAGACAGACAGAGCGGAUACGCUGCUCAGGGUGCUGACCCCCGGCAGAGAUGCUUUGCUGGAGGACUCCACCUUCAGGUCUAUGGAUGAGUCAAUCGAAAGGUGCCGUGGGGCAGACGCUCAGUGGUUCUUCCAGGUGGCCGUGCCGACCCCAGGCACAGAGAACCACUGCAUCCUCACUCCUCAGCUGAACGCAUCCGCUGUCCUUAUCAGUGAGGUCCACGUUGCCUCUUCUUUUGAAGAUUUUGAGUUCAUCGAGCUGCAGGGUCCCCAUUCCACCGUGCUGAGGGACGUCGUCCUGGUGCUGAUUGAUGGUUGGACCAAAGACUUUUAUUUCACUAUGGAUAUUUAUGGCAAGACUUCAUUGGAUGGGCUUCUCCUGAUCGGCUCAGCACAAAGCAAAAUCCCAGUGGACUUGGCAUUCCCGGAGAACUCCACUCAUCCUGUCCUUAGGGAUGGCCCCAAUGCCAUUGCUCUCUACAGAGGCAACAGCAGCAGCUUUGCUCCAGGGAAAGCACUGACAACAGCUGGCCUGCUGGAUGCUUUCGUCUAUACGAGCACUGAGGGACCGAGCCCUGAGCUGCUGGACACCCUGACACCAGGCAGACCUGCCUAUAGGAGCGUGUGGCACCAGCUUGGAGAUGUGUCCAUGAGCCAGUGCAACUGCUGCUCGGUGACUCGGGACUCCUUGUCCUAUAUCCUCAGCAGACCCACCCCUGGCAGAUUCAAUGAUUGCCCCAGCAGACGCUUCAGUCAGACUGUUUCCUUCUGCCUUCGUGUAGCAGAGUGCCAGGAGUGGCUCUCAAAGUCAGAAGAGAUCCUGGUGACUCUGGUGCAGGCCCUUGACAGAUCCUGCAGUUGUGGAGUUUUUCCAGCCUACUUCAAAGAUCUAAAGGCAGCCUGCCAGGACCAGGGGCUUGUGUUCACCACCCUGCUCACUGCAAAGUCAGAAGCCCAGCUGAGCAGCCUGCUGCUUGCCUUCCAGACCUUCCUGGAGAGCCCCAGGACUGUGAGUUUUGAUGGAAGGAAUAUCACAGCAGAAAGCUCCUGCUUCAAGGAUGUCCCUGCGCCAGACUUGACCCCAGCUGCCCCAUCAGCAAUACCAAAAGGAACAGCAGAGCCUUCUAGACAAGCAGACAAGCUACUCAUCAAUGAGGUGAACCCAGACAACCCGGGGGGAAGAGAAGACACGGAAUACAUUGAACUCUUCUACACUGGACAAACAUCCUUUGACCUCCAAGGAUACUGGUUGGUCCUCUACAAUGGCAAAACAGGACGCGCCUACCGGGUGCUGGAGCUUUCUGGACACCACACAGACAGUCUGGGUUUCUUCCUGGUGGGAAGCAGCGCUGUGCGCCCAGCACCCAUGGUCAGGCUGCCCCCAAACACCAUCCAGAAUGGGGCGGACGCUGUGGCUCUCUACUACAGCAGCAGCACACGCUACAUGCUGAACAUGGCUGUGACUGCCAAAGGGCUGGUGGAUGCCGUGGUGUACACAUCCCGAGUGCCAGAGAAGGCAGAGCAGCUGCUCAAGGUGCUGGUGCCAGGGCAGGGCAUCCUGUAUGAAAAUGAUUCACACAGCACAGAGGAUGAGUCCUUGAGCCGCUGCCACAGCCUGAGUGCUAGACUGCAGAGCAGCUUCCAGGUGACUGUGAUGACACCGCUCAAGGAGAACGCCUGCAGCAGCCCCUCUGCGCCAUCCCCACCCACCAUCCGCAUCAACGAGCUGGGCCUGGCGGGUGUUGGAACCGUCCACUUCGUGGAGCUGAAAGGGCAGCCAGGGGCCAGCCUAGCUGGGCUCAGCCUGCUUGUCUUCAUGGGCCAGGAGGGCAAAGUGCAACGCAGCAUCACUCUGAGAGGCAGCAUUGGGGCAUCAGGGCUGCUACUGCUGGGCAGUGAGCACGGUGGGACAGAGUUGACAUUCGAGGACAUCUCUGCUGCUAGUGAAGGCAUCAGCGCUAUUGCUCUGUACAGCACCAGUUUGGUUCCUGGUGGCACGAAGGCAACAUCAGAGAACCUAGUGGACGCUGUGGUGUUCACAUGCAGGCCGACCACAGUGGGAGGACACUUGGACGUCCUCGGCCCGCUGUAUGCUGUGCCCUGCGGUUAUGACAGGCCCGUGUCCUUGAGCCGCUGCCCCUCCAGUGAUGCCAGCACAGAGCUGCAGUUUGCCAUCUCGGAGCCUACCCCUGGUCUGCAGAACAGCUGUCCCCAGGGCACCUUCGCCGUGGGUCUGGACCUGUGCUUCCUGAUAACCAACUGCUCUGUGUGGAUCCUGAACCAUGAGAGGAUGCUGGAAAGCUUGAGGAAGGCCUUGGUGAGCUCCCUGGAGGAGAAAUGCUCCUGUGGUGUCUCUGAGCUCUACCUGCAAGAGCUGAACUUGACAUGUGUAGACUCCGUGGUGAAGAUCUCAGGUGGGAUGCAUGUUCCACUGCCAGAGCAGCAGCAGUCCAUGGAGAACUGGCGCAAGGACCUGCUGUCCAGCCCCCACCGCUUCUCUGUGGAUGGAAGAGAGUUGGAAACCAGCCCCGAUUGUAUUGCCCAAAGAAGCACGCCGGUGUCAUCGCAGAGCAGUUCCUCCCUCCACAGCUGGGAGAUCGCUCUGUUUGUCGUGGGAGCUCUGCUGCUUGCACUCUUGCUGCUGGGCCUGGCGUUGCACUUCAUCAAAAGACGUUUCCAAAAUUACACCAACAUUGAAUUGAACGACUGCACAGAGAUGUCAGCAGACUUCUAAUGCUCCCAGGUACGGCUACAGUGGCACAGCCACCACCACCAAGGCUGGGCUUGUGUCUGCAGGUGGCAGACCAGCUCCCUCUUCCUCCAGGACCUGCAAAAUCCCAGGUGUAUAUAUGCAUGUGUGGGUACAUAUACAGGUGUAUACACACACGCACAUACAUACACAACAUGCCUGAAUUUUUUUUACACUUCUGAUUUUUUACCUCAAACUAAAGGAGUUGAAAGAAA